UAGGGGGGAAAUCACAGGGCACGCACCGGAGGUGCUAGCCCGGAGAACGCCCUCUGCGGUGGACGGAAGAGCGCGCGCCGCCAUGCCGCCCCCUGGGUCCCGCGCAGCCCUGCUGCUGCUGCCUCCGCUGCUGCUGCUGCUGCUGCUGCUGGGCACCGUGCUGGCGGUACCCCUGGAGCGAGGAGCGUCCAAGGAGAGCCCCGCCACCGAGAGCCCCGACACGGGCCUGUACUACCACCGCUACCUGCAGGAGGUCAUCAACGUGCUGGAGACCGACGGGCACUUCCGGGAGAAGCUGCAGGCGGCCAGCGCCGAGGACAUCAAGAGCGGGAAGCUGAGCCGGGAGCUGGACUUUGUCAGCCACCACGUCCGCACCAAGCUGGAUGAGCUCAAGCGACAGGAGGUGUCUCGGCUGCGGAUGCUGCUUAAGGCCAAGAUGGACGCUAAGCAGGAGCCCAAUGUACAGUUGGAUCACUUGAGCCUCCUGAAGCAGUUUCAGCACCUGGACCCUCAGAAUCAGCACACAUUUGAGGCCCGAGACCUGGAGCUGCUGAUCCAGACGGCCACUCGGGACCUUGCCCAGUACGACGCGGCCCAUCACGAGGAGUUUAAACGCUAUGAGAUGCUCAAGGAGCAUGAGCGACGCCGUUACCUGGAGUCCCUGGGAGAGGAGCAGCGAAAGGAGGCAGAGAAGAAGCUGGAGGAGCAGCAGCGCCGGCACCGAGAGCACCCCAAAGUCAAUGUGCCUGGCAGCCAAGCCCAGUUGAAGGAGGUGUGGGAGGAGCUGGAUGGAUUGGACCCCAACAGGUUUAACCCAAAGACCUUCUUCAUACUGCAUGAUAUCAACAGUGACGGUGUCCUGGAUGAGCAAGAGCUGGAGGCCCUCUUCACCAAGGAGCUGGAGAAGGUCUAUGACCCCAAAAACGAGGAAGACGACAUGCGGGAGAUGGAGGAGGAGCGGCUGCGCAUGCGCGAGCACGUGAUGAAGAACGUGGACGCCAACCAGGACCGCCUCGUGACGCUGGAGGAGUUCCUGGCCUCCACCCAGAGGAAGGACUUCGGGGACACUGGGGAGGGCUGGGAGACGGUGGAGAUGCACCCUGCUUACACAGAGGAGGAGCUGAAGCGUUUUGAGGAGGAGUUGGCUGCGCGGGAGGCAGAGCUGAAUGCCAAGGCCCAGCGCCUCAGCCAGGAGACCGAGGCCCUGGGGCGUUCCCAGGGCCGCCUGGAGGCCCAGAAGAGAGAGCUGCAGCAGGCCGUUCUGCAGAUGGAACAGAGGAAGCAGCAGCAGCAGCAGCAGCAGCAGCAGCAAAGCCACCACGAGCCCGCCGUGGGCCCUGAGGGACAGCUCAAGUUCCACCCCGACACAGAUGAUGCACCUGUUCCAGCUCCAGUUGGUGACCAGAAAGACUUGGACACUUCAGAAAAGAAAGUUCCAGAACAGCCCCCUGAGCUGCCCCAGCCUGACUCCCAGAACCUGUGAUCCUCCAGGGACCCCAGCCCUCUGGGAUCUACUGAGGCCACUGAUGGGACACAGGUGUCAUAAUCAGCCUCCUCCGGGGAACUCAUGUCACCUCCUGGAGGAGGGGCCCCGGGAGGCACUGCACACACUGCUGCCCGCGCCCCACUUCUGCCCGCCUCAGCCUCCCAGUCUGUGGUCCCUUCUUUCUGUGCCCCUCCUGGGGUUCUGCCUUCUUUCUGGGCCAGCGGGGUCCCCUGGACCAGCCUAACACAGGGCCACCCGCUCCCUCCCAAGAGGGUCUGUCCCAGACCUGCCUUUCUAGGUGGUUUAACCUCAGCUGCCCGGAUGAGGCCGCUCCAGCCCCUCAGCUGCUGGACUCCUGCCUGCUGCUCUGGGCCCAGCUGUUGGUUUGCGGGACUGGGGUGCUCGUUUGAGAACUCUGUACCAUUUGUGGGGCCAGCGAUGCCUCAAAGAUGGUAGCUUCCCAUGCACAGCUGGGGGCAGGACAGCAGUGUCCUCAGCAGGGGUGAUGGACAUUGACACCAGGACCCCAGGCGACCCCCACCCCGGCCUCCAGCCAACUGUUUCCGCCUCCUCUCUGAUGGCUCCGGAAGGGCCCGCGACUGACUGUGUGGCAGGAUCAGGGGCCAGGCCUGAGCCCAGGUGGCAGCCCAACAAGGUGGGCCCUGGCCCUGCUCUCUUCUCUGAUUCCAUCCAAAUACACUUUCUGGAACGAGC